UAUUAGGUAUAGAUUCGUUUCGCCGUGUUAAUUUCGUUGAUCGAGGCUGUGAUAAUUAAUCAAACUCCAAUUUUCAACUUUGGCCGAUUCCAAUAUUGUAUAAGCCUCCGAGGAAAGUCUCGACGUUCGCUUGACAAAUCCCUUUGGUCGUGAACUCUGACGAAGGUUCAUUGCUGGGCGAGUUUCGAACAGGAUUAUAACACCGUGCGGAGGGCAAUUAAUUCGGGAUAAUCGUAAACGAAAGAAGAAGGUGGAAGAGAAAUAAGAACCUAUUAAAACACUUCCGAGGUGCAAAUAAGCUUAGGAUGUAGCUCCAGGCUCACUGAGAGUACAUAUAUAUACAUAUAUACAUAGGAGAUUAAAGAGUAGCAGGGGGUUGAAAGUUGGGGAAAGUUUACAGUGAAAGUACCGAGCAUGCAGGAAUCCGUGUGAAACGAUGACCGGCUCGCUACCGAAGGACACGUUUAGAGCCGUUUGAAGUUGUAACUGAUGGAAUAAAAAAAGCUGCUUCAGAACUCACCGCUGUUUUCAGCAGGUCCCUAAAGAGUGAAAAGUGAGCGUCCCGCUUUCCGCAUAAAGCAGGAUGAAAAAAUGAUGUGGUUUAAAUGCGAGGGUUCGAUUAGUCCGGAACUGGGCUAAAAAAAACUGAGGGAAAAAGAGAGCAAACUUUCUAACUAAAAAUCCCGCCGGUGCAAGAAGGUUAAAAAACCUCGAAUACGGGAUGAAAAAAACCGCGGCUACUUUACCUGACACCUAGAACGGGUCCUGAGGGAUCUCGACGCUGCGGGAAGCUGAAGACGGACGCUUAUAGGAAAAAGAGAGCCGAGGAGAAGGAGGAAUCGAGAUGUGUUGCUCCGGUGAAGGGCCCGCUGGCCCUGGAGGGUCAAAUAUGACCCGAUGCGGCGUCGUUUGCGGCCUGGCCGCCCUCGCAGCCCUGACGACGGCGCUUCUCGGACCGGCUUGGCUUCACACCGAGGAACGUCUUUUCGUUCCGAAUUUACCCCAGACUUUCGCCGCCUCCGUCACUGUCCGAUUCAAGCUCGGUCUCUUCAGAGCUUGCCCAAGGAUCGUCAAGCCCGCCAAUUUGACCGCCGACGUAAAAACGCCGCCCUGCAGCAACAUCAGAUACAACAGCACCGAUGACAUUAAAUCGCCGGAGCUGGGUUUUGGUCACUUGGACUUUGCACCAACCGUAGUUUCCAGAAUAAGGAUAUCAGCGCCUUUCCAGGUUGUCGCGGUAGCCCUGAUCCUCGCCGGUACCAUUUCAGCCCUCAUUGGUCACUGCUACUCUGAUUACAGGACGCUGAUUGCCUGCGGCCUGUUUCUCCUCGGUGGACUCUCUCUGGGCGGCGGUCUCUUCGUCCUCGCUUCCGCUCUCUCGGACGCAUCCCUCGAGCUGCCCCGGAAGUACAACAUCUUCCCCUCGACCUCCAGGUCGCAGUUCGACGAGAACGGUCUUCCUCAGUACCAGUACGGCUGGUGCCUCCAGCUUUCCGGCCUCGCCCUGAUCCUCGCCGAAGUUGCAGCGCUGCUGACGGUUUCCGGUUACAUGGCGCGUUUUCCUACCGUCGAGGACAUGGUUCGGGUCAUGGUACCAGGGGCUGAACGGAAGCUUCGGGAACAGCGAGGCCUCAGCUCUGAGUACCUCGUUAGAGCUCACCAAAAGUCUCCUGGACCACCGCAGAGUUGCGGAUUUCACCAGGCAACAAAAGGCCCGCAACGCUUGCCGGAAGAAGGUACUUCGCUGCUGUGCAAAACGGCCCCGGACAUAUGCGCGUCAAAUCCACAGGCGAUAAGUUACGUGGACAAAACCGACCUGUCGAAUAUGUUGCCGGCGUACGGUGACAGCAACAAAAGCGUCGACCCGCGUUUCACGUUCGUCGACAAGCCAGAGCAGAGCAUAAUCGACUCUCGACUGAGCGGAUUCGCCGAUAAAGAGAGUCUCAUGGACUCAAGGAUACUCUCGGGUUCGAGGCAAAACAUGAUCGCGUUUACCGACGGCAAGGAUCACGGCGUCGGCGUCGGCGUCGGCGUCGGCGUCGAGCCAAGGUACACAGAGUUUUCCGGUCGUGGUGAGCAGAGUGUCGUCGAUUCGAGGCUGAGCGGCUUCGCCGACAAGGAAGGCCUCCUGGACUCCAGACUCGGCGGGUACGCGGAGAAGGGCGAGUGCCUCCUGGACACCUCCUUCGGGUUCGACACCCAGUACAACAGCCUGGCCGGGCAGACGGUGCCGAUAACGUUGAAGCACCACCAGAACACAACGGUAUCGGCGAUUCAGUCGCAGUUCAUAUACCAGAACUUCGGGACCAUCCACUCCGGCAUCCUCGGGGUCUCGGAGCCGGGGACCAGCUCGAGUUCGAAUUCGAGUCAGCGGAGCAUGACGCUCCAGAACCCGAAAAGGAAGUCCCAGAUCGCCCAGAACACAUUCAGCACCCUGGAGUGCGAGAAACGGAAACGGGGUCCCGGGGUCACCGGGAAGGGUGGUUACUACGCCGGAAGUGCCGUAUGACCGCCGCCGCCUCCCUCGACGCCCAGGUAACUCCGCGAGGACGAAACGCCGCUCUAGCUCUUCCGAAUUUCGAAGAGGGAUCACGGAGGGCGGUUCACCUCGGAAUAGGAAUUGGG